GACUAUUUGUUUGAUUUCUUUAUUGUGCAGUACAGAGAACAGGGAGAUAUUGCUCUCAUUCAAUCGGAUUGUUGCGGAAUGAGUGAAGAGAAAGCACAAGCAAUAGAGGAGAGUGGGAGAUCUUGUAUUUAUUUAUGGAGCUGCCUGUCGGCGUGUAACCAACAUCCCAUCAUGGUGGCGUUCAAAGGAAUCUGGACCAAGGACUUCUGGAGGGCUGUGUCAGCCGAGUACCUAGCCACCAUGAUCUUCAUCCUCCUCAGCCUGGGCUCCACCAUCAAUUGGGCGGCUGAGUCAGACAACCCUCCCCCUGCAGACCUGGUCCUCAUCUCACUUUGCUUCGGCCUGGCCAUCGCCACCAUGGUGCAGUGCUUCGGUCACAUCAGCGGCGGCCACAUCAACCCGGCAGUCACCGCAGCCAUGGUGGUGACCCGGAAGUUGAGCCUGGCCAAGGGUGUGUUCUACCUGGCUGCCCAGUGCCUUGGGGCGAUCACUGGGGCAGGGCUCCUCUACCUGGUGACACCAGCGUCUGUCAGAGGGGGCCUGGGAGUGACUAUGGUGAACCCCAAGCUCAACGUGGGCUGCGGCCUGUUGGUGGAGCUCCUGAUCACCUUUGAGCUGGUCUUCACAGUGUUCGCCACCUGCGACCCCAAACGCUCUGACCUUAACGGCUCGGCUGGCCUCGCCAUCGGAUUCGCUGUAGCCAUCGGUCAUCUGUUCGCAAUCCCAUACACAGGAGCCAGUAUGAACCCCGCUCGCUCCUUUGGGCCUGCAGUCGUCACCAUGAACUUUGAGAACCACUGGGUGUACUGGGUUGGUCCAAUCCUUGGUGGCAUCAUGGCGGCUGCCCUCUAUGAAUACCUGUUCUGCCCUGACCCUGAGCUGAAGAAGAUGCACCGGGAAGUCUUCCAGAAGGAUCCGGCUUCGGGGAAGUACAGGGAGGUGAUGGGCAGUAUGUACCAGGGGGAACCAGACGACCUGAUCAUCAAGCCAGGCUCUAUCCACCACAUCGACCUGGAGAAGGGGGAGAAGAAGGACCCUUUCCUGGACUCGACGGGCGAGGUGCUGUCCUCUGUAUGACUACCACGGGCACUGGAGAGGGAGACCUACCUGUAGAGGAGGGGGAGAUCCAGAGAGAGACACUUUGAGUCUGGGUCCUCCACCCCUGUACCCAUACCAUAAGCCCCAUACUCCCAAGCCCCAUGUCCCUAUACCUAAACCCACACAGACUUACUUCUCAGGCAGAAUACAAUUGCUGCAUUUCCUCUCAAUGCAGGUGUAUUAUUGUAUAUGGAGGUGAGCCUCCCUCAACAUUUGUGAAGUAAGUGGAUAAUAUAACUUUGCACACUGCUCACCCUAACCAAUUACCUUUCAUGUGAAAUCUUUUGAUCUCUGCAAUCUUGUCCAAUCAUCAUCUGUCCCAGCUCUGUUUGCUUGUGGCACGCUGCUACACUGCAGAGUGAUAACAAUAGACUACAUUUCUGUCAGGGAAAAAUGUCCAGGUCAACCAAUUACAUGGGGUCAUCACACUGAAUUUGUAAACCAGAGAGGAAACAUCAAGCUUAUUAUUUUGGGAUUAGUGUCACAUAUUGAAUAUGUAUAUGGCAUAAGAGAUCUUAUCUACAUAUGGUCGUUAAGCACAUUAUAGAACUCAUGUUAUGAAGGAAAAGACUCAUGGGCGGCGCACAAUUGGCCAAGCGUCGUCCAGGGUAGGGGAGGGAAUGGCCGGCA